CACUACGAUGAAACUAUAUCAAGGAUCAACAGUCAAGAUAACAUUAGGCCCACAUCCAAACACCCACCAAUCAUCUUUCAAUCGAACAUUUCCUCAACCUCAGAUCGACUCGCCACAGACCACCAACCACCUUCUUUUCCAUGGCUUCUGCAACUUUCAUUCACCCCUCUUCAUCUUACACUUUACCCACAGUUUCUAAAUCAUCCCACUUUUCUGUAUCUAUCUUUGCAUCCCCUGUUUCCUACUCCAAAAACCCAACUUUUAGUUCAUUAACAGUGGUUCCUCAACUGGGUUUAUCUUCUUUUUCAACAUGGAAUGGACUUAAGUCAAAUGGGGUUUCAAUCUUGCUGAAAAGUUUCAAGUUUGAAAAGAAAAGGAAAUGUGGAGGGAAAGGUGUGUUUGCAUCUUUAUUUGGAGUUGGGGCUCCUGAAGCUUUAGUGAUUGGAGUGGUUGCAUUGUUGGUUUUUGGCCCUAAAGGUCUUGCUGAGAUUGCUAAAGGCGCAGGGAAAACUUUGCGGACAUUUCAACCAACCAUUAGGGAACUUCAGGAAGUUUCAAGGGAAUUCAAGAGCACGCUUGAAAAAGAAAUUGGUCUUGAUGAGCUUAAAAAUCCAUCACAACUCAACACCUCCAAUCAACCUACCAUGUCCUCAGCCCCUACAUCUUUUGCCACUCCUGAAAAUUCUCAAGCAGUAGCAACAGAAACCGCAACUGCUGCCACCACAGGUGACUCUCGGGCAGCAACACCUAUAGUUGAAACCAACGAGGAUUCUCAGGUGACAGCAACACCUCUGGCCGCAACCAACGAGGAUUCUCAGGCUACAGCAUCACUGCUAUCUGUAACCAACGAUGAUUCUCAGGCAACAGCAACAUCUCCAGCUGCACCCAACGAGGAUUCUCAGGCAACAACAGCACAAUUUACUGCCCCCGCCGGAAAUUCUCAGGCAGUAGCAACAACUCCUGCUGCCACCAUGACAACUGAGCCUAGUAAAUUCUGUUCAAGAAGUAGCUGUUGGGUCAGAAGUUUGAUACCCCAGAAUGGUUUGAAAUUUUGACCAGUAACACAGAACCUGAAUGAUCCUCCAUUGCUAUUUCAGAAAUAUGGGGCAUUGCCCAUUCUUCACUCGUAUAACUGUAACGUUUUAAUAUGUAUCUCCAUAUUUAUUGUAUAUAGGACAAGUUCUUACGCUUUGAUAUAGAGCACCAAAUGUUUUCAGGACAAGGUUCCAAGGAUCUAAAGUUAGAUCUUGAUAUAUUCUCAGGAAAUAGACCACGUUACUUAAAAGUGUUUGUGGUUAUAUGUUAAUCGAUUACGAAGAACAUGUGUUGUCAGUUAUAAGUCGCCAACAAAUUGAAUUUGGUUUUCCAGUUUA